ACUUAGGAUAAUUAAUAACAAUGCUAGAAUACCUCAUCACAAUAACAGCGGUUACGACGAAACUUUGCAAGAGCGAUCUUUUAUCUCCACCCACAUAGUUUCCCUGUCUAUUCUUAUUACUAUAUCACUUGAAACUUGAGCAAUCUUAUUUAUUAGUACGCGCGAAAUUAUAACUCCAAGGAAGAUAAACAAAAUAUCGUAAUUUAAAACCAUAUUAUGAUUAAAUUGCAUUGCUAGCUGAACAAAGUGUUUCUAGAACGUUGCCUUCACUGAACGGGCUUUUGGCAAAUUUACAAAAUAUGAUAAAACACGUCGCACAAAGUCAUGCAUGAGCUAGCAUCAUUGAGAACACUGACACGGCCUGAAACUGUAAACAACAGGAGAUAACGUUACCUUUUUAACGAAGAACUCGCUUUCCCAGCAAUACUCUUCAAUUAUUUAGAAAUCACUAAUACCAAUAUCACUGUCAACACAAUUUAAUGUACGAUAACACUGUCUGUAACAGAUUGUCCAUUCAACGUUUGUUUUUGUAUCACCACAGGAGACGCGAGGUUUCCCUGCGAUGGCUCGGGGGUGACUGUUAGUGUCACUCAGACCUACGGGUUCACCCCGAUGACGUCAUCCUAGACCAAUGGGGUGGGAUUUCUCACGCAUGCGCGCCGUACCAGCCGCCGCGGCGCCUCUACCUCGGCGGCGAGCGACACCGAAAGCUUCGCCGCUCAUAAUUUUCACCGCCAUCUUGGCGUUCACUUUCGCGAAAGAGAAGAGGGAGAUCAUCGAGGACUCACUAGCUGAGGCAUCAGACUCCUUAGAGCUGAUGAAAGAAGGAGCUGAUCUGAAGCCCGCAGCCAGUACUUACAACUCAUACGUACCACCAAGCCAGAGGCCUCCUCAAUGGAACCAACAGAACUACAUUCCUCCCCAGAACAACUGGAUCCCGCCUAAAGAGGAGAAACCUGUUCACUCUGAGGUUCAAAGCGAUGAGUACCAUCAUCAUCAUUACUACCCAGCGCCUGUCCAGCAGUGGCCUACCAAGCCGCCGCAACAGCAGUGGACGACUCAAGCCCCCCAAUGGACUACGCCCCCUCCUCAAUGGUCUACCCAGGCUCCCCAGUGGUCUACCCAGGCUCCUCAGUGGACCAGCCCCGCAUACCAGCCACCCACUACUACCACACCUGUAGCGGUUAUCAAGAAUGAGCAGUACUACGGUGAUAAUGGCGACUAUAAAUACGAAUACCAGAUCGCUGACGGCACACACGUCGGCGAACAAGGUUACUACACGGACCCCAAGCAGACUGACGAGAGCAUAGUCAAGAAGGGCUUCUACUCCUUCGUCGGCGCCGACGGCAAGACCUACACCGUGCACUACUGGGCUGACAAGACCGGCUUCCAUGCUACGGGAGACCAUCUGCCCACACCACCCACCCCUCACCCCGCUAUCCAAGCGGCUCUUGACAAGCAGAAGGAAGCUGAGAAGAACAAGCCACAGAACGACUAUCCUACUCAGACCCCAGCACCAGUCUACUAUCCGACAAAGGCCCCCGUAUACAACCCCCAACCAACUUACCCCCAACCUACUUACAACCCUCAACAGAACUACAACCCCCAACAGAAUUACAACCCCCAACAGAAUUACAACCCCCAGCAGACCUUCAACCCCCCGCAGACUUUCAACCCACAACAGACUUACUACCCAUCACAACAGACGUACUACCCCCAACAACAGACCUACGCUUAAUUUCAAUUAAGUAGUAAGUCUACUUAAAUUUAAUUUGAACAACGACCAUAGUUUUAAUUUACAUAUUUAAAUGUCUCAGUCUUGUACAUUAAAUAUCAGACAGACUUUCCUCGUUUCCAGAGAUAAUAGAUUCAAUCGAUUACGUAUUAGAAUCGAUAGUAAUCGAUUUAAUUCAGGAUGACAAUGAAAUGUAAGCUCUCGAUAAAUUUUAUGUACAAAGACACCUAGCUCUAUAGGUAUACGAAUUACCUCUAAUCGAUUUAAUGUAAAUCGAUUCGAUUAUAAGUCAGUGAUCUUAGUCACGAUUAUGAAUUGUGAAUUCGAUUACUGAUCGGGGUACGACAGGUCUGAUAGUAUUGUAUGUUCAAAGUAUGAUAUGUGAUGUAUUGGUAAUCAAUAAAUAAAUAAGUUUUGUAUAUAUAA